AUGCCGAAGGAGCCGCGGGCGGUGCCGAUGGGCAUCAUUUGCGCAGAGCCCAUUCACGCUGCGUCCCGCAAGAUCAAGUUCAGCACCAAGGUAAUCACACUAGGCAAGUCCACCCCACAAGGGCACAGGCGCGGCGCGGCAGCUGCGGGUCGCCAAGAGAAGGCGGGCCCUGGUGUUAGGGCUGGCGGCAGUCAGUCCGGCAUCGUCUUCAACAAAGGCUUUGGCCAGCAUAUUCUCAAGAACCCGCUUGUCAUUGCCGCCAUUGUUGAAAAGUCUGCAAUCAAACCCACCGACGUUGUCGUCGAGAUCGGCCCUGGCACGGGUAACUUGACGGAGAAGCUGCUGCAGACGGCGAAGAAGGUGAUCGCCUUCGAGAUUGACCCGCGCAUGGUGGCGGAGCUGAACAAGCGCUUCCAGAAUACGCCUCUGGCCUCCAAGUUGCAGAUUAUCCGUGGCAAUUGCCUUGAGCAGGACUUUCCCUACUUUGACAAGUGUGUGGCGAACGUUCCGUACGCCAUUUCAUCGGCGCUGGUGUUCAAGUUGCUCAAGACACCCACCUUCAAAUGUGCGGUGCUCAUGUUUCAGCGCGAGUUUGCCCUGCGCGUCUGUGCGCAGCCCGGGUCGGAGGCCUACUGCCGACUCUCCGUAAACUCGCAGCUGCUCGCUCGCUGUAGUCACCUCAUGAAGAUCAGCAGGAAUAGCUUCAACCCUCCGCCGAAGGUCGAGUCGAGCGUCAUUCGGCUCGACCCCAAGUGCCCACCACCUGAUGUGGAUUUCGAGGAGUGGGACGGACUCGUGAAAAUGCUCUUCAACCGUAAAAACAAGAAGGCCUCGUCCAUAUUUCGCACUAAGGUCGCUGUGCAGGCCCUCUACGAUAAGUACGUGAGCUACCGGCGGAUGGAGAGCGGUCAACCUGUCGGGUCCGCCGCAUCUAGUAGCAUUGUGGAUGCCAGUACUCCCAUGUCGCUAGAGCAGUUCCGCGUGUUGCUGGACUCGGUGAUUGCGGACCCCAUGUUCGAAACACGCAGUCGCAUGCUCGACGAGGAGGCGCUCAUGACUAUGCUUGCCCACUUCAUUAAGCACGGUAUUCACUUCAUUUGA